AUGGCGAUUCUUGUUCGCAUCCGUAUCAGCCUGCGUCACAACAAGAACGCGCCUCAGUCACAGCCUCUGCCCCUUCAGACAGUGCUAGACGAAGCUUUGCUCCCUUCGAGGCUGAGGCACACUGCUACUUCAACUUCAACAAUCUCCCUUCGACCAAGGUACCUCUGCUUCGUGAAGGAUUUCGAAGAGGGCAGCUAUGAGACAGUCAAAGUCUCGGAUUAUUUAGAACAGCACGGAGAUGACACCGACCUGGAAUUCGUCUUCGUCUCGUACACUCGCAUGCAGUUCAGAGUGGCCACCGAUGAGGAAAUCAACAGGCAUCAGUAUCCCGAUGAAGCCAACAGGGAGGCCAACAGGGUGGUUGCGCGGCAAGAUCGACAAACGCUGGCGCGAUGGGGCAUAGACGCGGCCAGGAGGGUGGGGAAGAGGGCAUUCUGGCUCGACUUCGAGUGUGUCCGCAACGACGACGGCGUCGCGAGGUCAACCAGCAGCAGCGAGGACGUGUACCGGAUAUGCGACAUCGUCAGGGCCGCGCACUCCAUGAUCAUCGCCAUCGGACCCUCGGCUGCCGACAAGGUCUCGGCUCUCCUCCAAGGACGCGAGACUCCGGAGUACAGACGAGAGGAGGUGACCCCCUGGCUGAGGCAAUGGGGCUCGCGCUUGUGGACGCUCCCGGAGCUGCUGCUCUGCCCGGCCGAGUACCGCAUCAACCUGUACGUUCUAGGAGACCCCGCAGAGGAGCCAAAGGCCAUGGCGAAACGCAACUUUGCCGAGAGGGCGUGGGACGACGCGGAAGCCGUCAAGGAGCUCGUUGAUCACUUCGAAGGCUCCGCGAUCCUCACGGAGCUGCGCCUCAUUGAGGCGGCCCUCUCCUGCUUCUCGAGACGUCAAACGGACCAGUUCAGCCAGGGGGACAUCGCCUAUGCCACGAUGGGACUCUUCCCCAACCGCCACCGACCUCGGGUCGACAAGGAAGACUCCGGCUUCCAGGCCUUUGCCAAACUGUCCCUCGCCAACGACAGCGGCGCUUUCCUGAGCCGUCUGGUCUGUCUAGCCCCCGCGCAGCAGGAUGCCCCGUGGCACCAGACCGGAGACCGCUGGGGCGUGAAGCUCAGCGACAUCUACCCGAGCUGCAACGUCUCGGGCGUGGCCGGCCGCGAAGCCGUCAUGCUGGACGGAGUCCACGGCGCGACCAUUCACUGGGACAGGGUCGACCCGGAGCCUCUGUUCGGCCAGGACGCCAAAUUCGUCUUCGCUUGGUUGUUAUUGGUCCAGAUGGUGUGCCUAAGCGCGCCUAUGGCUCUUCUUGCGAUGACUUACAUCGUGAGUCUUCUUUCCGUGGCGAAGCUGAAGGCAUUCUUGGUAAUCUACUUUUGGACACUCCCCGCGGUCGGGCUCGUCGCUCUAGCGUCCCCGAUGGUGCUCAUCGGCUCGCGGCGCCGGCUCAGUCAACCCAAGAAGUCUCGUCUACUCGGCAUCGAGGGUAUCGUGGACGCUGGCAGAAUCUCAAGAUACCUCUGGGGUUUCGAUCACGGCGACCUGACGACGGUCACCCCACCGUCGUACAGCGACGUCGAUGAUGGUGUACAAACCGCCACGCCGCCGCCGCCGUCUUCUCAUAGACUAGGGGAGCAUGGCUUCACGCUGGUAGAUACCAGGCUGCUGACGGUCACGCAUUUCUACUGCAGUCAGCCCCCGGUCGCCAUGUUCGUCUGUGGCUCGGAAGGCGGUAAACAGCGGACAUUGCUCUGCUCGUACGACUGGAGGACGCAGACGUACCACCGCCAGAGUGUCCUCAGGGUUGCGCGCCGGGGCCUUGACCAGUUCCAUCUGGUCGACGGAGUCCGGCUCUCGCUGGCGCCGCAUCCCGAUGUCGACGCCAACUCGCCAAACAACACCAGCAACUCGGAACCAAGCUCACUCUCUGGCGAGAACCUGAGGGACGCUCAUCCAGGAGGUGGCAUGCAGCAAUCACCGUGUCCCAGGGCUACCUGCCGCACUUGGAAGACAGAAAUACUGUUCAUGGCGAUUUGCUUCGCCGGUCUCACCAUCCUCGGGGAUCCAGUCCACGGCCGCGGAAUCACUGCCAGUUACAAUCAUUUCAUUGCCGGUCUGUUGUUUGCCGUCAUUUCGCUGCGGUACCUGCCACUUAACCAAGCCACCAUGUACAUCUUUGCGGCAAGCGUCAUUAUGACAAUCAUCAACGACGCUUUCACCGGAGUACACGUAUCCAAGCAUGUCGUUUUCGCCUACGCAUUUGUGAAGGGAUGUCUUGCCUUGACGCUGAUCAAGUUGAUGCUGUCCUGGUACCCGACCGACGAACUACCGAUGCGGUUUCUCCUCUGGAACGUCUCCAGCACGUCGCUCCUCGACAUACUUGGCUUCAUGGGCGUCGUGUCUUACAUCAGGGCUUGCAUCUUUGUGCUGGGCAUGGUGGUCUUCUACGCUCUCUUGACGACGGAGUUUAUGGAUCGCGUGGGGGGUCCGGAAGACGUUUCCUGGCUCGAUCCACAUCAGAGGCUGUACUACUCCAGCAGAGCUGCUGCAACUGGUUUUCCAAGAGUCUCCACGAGGAUCAUGUGGCGGGAUCGUCAGCACACUCCCGCUUUGGAACUGCGCUAA